GUUCACGCGCGCGCGUCCCCAACCGGCGCGAGUGGAGAGCAGUCCAGCCAGCGAUUCGAAGUAGUCUUCUUGCCCGGCUUGAGCUGUUUCUUGUCUGUCCAGGAAUGAGAAGUGAUGGCCGGUUCUGCAACAGAGGAGAAAACCUUCCGAAGGUUCUUGGAACUCUUCCUCCGAGAGAUGAGACCUCCUCUUCAGGAGAACGACCCUCUACCAAUGCGCCCUUUGUCGGACCUCAUCACGGAGGACGAAGUGGAAGGGGAAUGCCUCGACCUCUGUCUUCAGCACCUGUGCAAAUAUAACUGUCCGUUUUCCCUGGCGGCAGCCCUGGCCCGGGCCACGGCCGACAGUGUCCUCCAGAGCGACCUCUCCAUCCACCACCUCCAGAAGACCCUGGAGGAGGGAGCAGACCCUCUCCCCCAGUUGGAGGCGGUGAAGUUGGCCCGGCUGAUCUUUAACAAGCUGUGCGAGACAUGCUGCCUGUGGCUUAAGGACUUCCCGUACCGCCGCCGGCCCCAGCCCUACUACGAGACGUCCAUCCACGCCAUCAAGAACAUGCGGCGCAAGAUGGAGGACAAGCACAUCGUCAUCCCCGAUUUCAACACCCUCUUCAACAUACAGGACCAGGAAGAGCAGGCCUUCUUUGCCGUGUUCGACGGCCACGGGGGCGUGGACGCCGCCAUCUAUGCUGCCAACCAUCUCCACGUCAACCUCGUGCGCCAGGAGAUGUUCAGUCAGGACCCGGCCGAGGCGCUGUUUCGCGCCUUCAAGGUCACGGACGAGCGAUUCGUCAAGAAGGCCGCCCGCGAGCACAUGCGCUGUGGCACCACGGGCGUGGUGACCUUCUUGAGGGGGACAACUCUGUACGUGGCCUGGCUGGGAGACUCCCAGGUCAUGCUGGUCAGGAAGGGCCAGGCCGUGGAACUGAUGAAACCUCACAAGCCUGACAGAGAGGAUGAGAAGCUGCGUAUUGAGGCUCUUGGAGGCUGUGUCAUCUGGUUUGGCACGUGGAGGGUUAACGGCAGUCUGUCCGUGUCCAGAGCCAUAGGCGACUCCGAACACAAGCCCUACAUCUGCGGAGACGCCGACCACAGCACCUUCCCCCUGGACGGCACCGAGGACUACCUGAUCCUGGCCUGCGACGGCUUCUACGACACGGUCAGCCCCGACGAGGCGGUGCGCGUGGUCAGCGACCACCUGGAGGAGAACGCCGGCGACAGCACCAUGGUGGCCCACAAGCUGGUGGCCUCGGCCCGAGACGCCGGCUCCAGCGACAACAUCACCGUCAUCGUCGUGUUCCUCAGGGACCCGCGCUCGCCGCCGCCGGCCGCCGAGGACGAGGAGGCGGCCGCCCCGGAGGAAGGGGAAGAGGAGGAGGCGGCGGAGGCGGACGAAGAGGACGAGGCGCUCCAGGGGGGCGAGCGAGGCUGCCAGGACGAGGGCGGCGCCACGGACGCGGGGGGGAAGGGCCGGGGCGGCUGGCCCGUGCAGCAGUGCUCGGCCCCGGCCGACCUGGGCUAUGAAGACCGCAUGGACUCGUUUACGGACAGAACCAGCCUCAGCCUGCUGGGUCCCGCGCUGGGGGCGGCGGAGGAGGAGGGCCGCGUCUGGCUGCCCCCGGCCUCGUCCGUACAACCGCCCCUCUCCGCGGGCUUCCCCCAAGACCUCAGGCCCGCCACGGGCCUCGGGUCGGCCUGGCUCCCCUACGUCGAGGAGGGUCCCCAGAGGCACCCGCCCAAGUCCUGCGUCCCCGCCUGCCAGGAGCCCAGCUCCACGGACGGACUAUGGCCCCAGGCGGCCGCCCUAUUCGGCCAGACGGGGAGGCGCACCCGGAGGAUGGAGUGCGUGAGCCCCAGGUGGGGGUGCCGGCGCGCGGGCCGUCCCCCCGGGGAGCUGCCGGGCCUGCUGCACUCCGGCCGCAGCGUGCCCUACCCCCAGCGCUGCCCCGUCCGGAGGCCCGGCGUGGCACUGCCCCGCCUGCCCUCUGGCAGCAGAGUCUGACGCCACUCACCGGAUCUCCACCAUCUCCUCGCUCUACUCCUGCCCCUAUCUCCCUUCAACCCCCCCCACCCACACUCCAUCCCUUCAGAGUUUAGUCACUGAUCCAUCCCAGCCAUUAAAAGCUUUCAUCCCCUGACACUGAGAAUGGAAAUCCCCCCCUCCCCCCACUGCCAUACCUAACCUUCCCCUCUCCCAAAGCUAGACAUUCAUUCAGGAGGCCAUAACAAUUCCUGCCCCUGGCUCUAACUAUGGCACACACGCUGAUCUGUGCUUUGCGAUAAAUAAUCAGACGCUUGCAUUAGCCACCCACUUCAUCUCUAUAGAUGUGAUUACUUAAUACAGGAUUAUGAGAUUAGCGGUCACUUACCUGAACAAACACAACAUAUAGAGCGUUAUGUAUUCCAGAUGGAGCCACAAUAGGGGAUAAUGGGGUAUAGAAGCGGAUAGCAUGACAAAACGACAUGCUAUUUAUAGUUUUUCCAUUGAUUACGUUGUUGUUUGGUAACAGUCUAGUCUAACCUGUCCAGCACACCAAAUUGAGUUCAGUGAUGAACACUGAGGAAAAGCAUUACAUUUACAUUUAGUUAUUUAGCAGACGCUCUUAUCCAGAGCGACUUACAGUAAGUACAGGGACAUUCCCC